AUGUCUGACGUGCCUGAGACCAAGACCGACCCCACCUCUACCACUGCUGCGGAGAGCACAGAGGCAACCACCACCUCUGGUGCUGAGAAGCCUGCGGAGACGGCGGCUGAAGAGACCAAGGCCGCGACGGCGACGGAGAAGGCCACUGACGCCGCUGCCGAUGCGGCCAAGGCUACCUCCGACAGUGUCUUCUCUAUGUUCGGUGGCGGCCCCAAGAAGGAGAAGAAGGAAGAGGAGCCUGAGGAGGAGGAGCCGUCUGGAUCUUCCAAGGCCCAGAAGGGCGAGGAAGAGGAUGAGGCCCCUGAGUCUCCCGACGUCCACUUCGAGCCUGUCAUCCACCUGACCGAGAAGGUCGAGACCAAGACCAACGAGGAACUCGAGGAGCAAGUUUUCAAGAUGCGCGCGAAGCUGUUCCGAUUUGACCGCGAGACCCGCGAGUGGAAGGAGCGUGGUACUGGUGACGUGAGACUGCUGAAGCACAAGGAGAACCACAAGACCCGUCUGGUGAUGCGCCGGGACAAGACCCUCAAGGUCUGCGCCAACCACUACAUUGUGCCUGAUAUGAAGCUCCAGCCAAACGUUGGCAGUGACCGCAGCUGGGUGUGGAACGCGGCCGCGGAUGUUAGCGAGGGUGAGCCUGAGGCCCAGACUCUGGCUAUUCGUUUCGCCAACAGCGAGAAUGCCAACGCAUUCAAGGAUGCAUUCCUCAAGGCUCAGCAAGAAAACGAGAAGCUUUUCGCCCAGGCCUCCCAGGCCUCCUCAUAA